CGCGACGGCGGCGGCGACGGCGGCGGCGGCGGGGACGCGGCGCCGCGCGCAUCCGCGCGCGUCGACUUUGCGCUCAGGGCGGAGGCGGCGGCGGCGGCGCGGCUGGAGGCGGCGCGGGCCGAGCUGGAUCGGCUGCAGGCCAAAGUGGACGCGGCGGGCCCGGCGCUGCGGGACGCGUUGAGGGCGCUGUACCGCGGGCUGGCUGAGCGGCUCGGCAGCGGCCGCGAUUCGCUCCGGCAAGAGGGCGGGGACGAGGACGCGUCUCCACAGGCCGACGGCGGCGCAGAUGGUGCCGCAGCGGCGGCGCGGCGAGAGGAGCUGGCGCAGGCGCGUGCGCUCGCGCGGGCGGUGGCGCUGCCGAGCCAGGCGGUGGCGGGGGAGGUGCUGCAGGUGUUUGCGGAGGGGGCGGUGGCUGAGGACCUCCGGCAGGCGGUGCUGGGGCAGCUGGGGCUGGUGUGA